GUUGCCUUUCGGGAAAUCCGACCCUCAGCUCUUCAAGACAGAGCACUGCUAACGAAAGAUUAACGAGCUCAGGCUUAGCCAACUGUCUCCUCUCUCCUUCUAUUUUUCUUGGGAUACUACUCGGUCGGACACCGUGUCUUACUGAAAUGUCUUUGUGUGGAUCCUCAAAAGGUACCUCCUUUGGCCGCAGACCAAUUCAAAGGAAGGUGGUUGUUUGCGGCGACGGUGCCUGCGGAAAAACGUCGCUUCUUAAUGUAUUCACACGAGGAUUCUUUACCCAAGUCUAUGAACCUACCGUGUUUGAAAACUAUGUUCACGAUCUCCUGGUCGAUGAUCAACUUGUAGAACUGAGUCUUUGGGAUACCGCCGGACAAGAGGAGUUCGACCGUCUACGUUCACUCUCUUAUGCUGAGACACAUGUUAUCAUGAUAUGUUUUUCUGUUGAUAAUCCAGUAUCUCUGGAAAAUGUUGAAUCCAAGUGGUUAGACGAGAUUCUUGAGUACUGUCCAGGGGUCAAGCUGGUGCUUGUAGCUUUGAAGUGUGACCUUCGCGAUGACAGAGCGGUGAAGGACCGGUUGUUACGGUACGGAACACACCCCGUAGAAUAUGAAGAAGGGCUUUCAGUGGCUCGACGAAUACGAGCAUCCCGAUAUCUAGAAUGCAGUUCGAAGCAUAACCGUGGUGUCACAGAGGUCUUCUACGAGGCUGCCCGUGUAUCGCUGAGCACGCGUGCCAAAGGCUCUCGCGACAACUGCAUCAUAAUGUGAGAGAAAUCACUCAACAUCGGACCAUCUCUCCAAUGGAACUCUGCUAAACGUACCCACAUACCCUGUACCUUAAUUGUCCUCUGCAUCUUGCUUUCAUGCACCGUCAUAUAAUAGUUCACUCAUCUACACAUGUAUUUCUCCGUGUAUGCAUACUCUCGCAGUUUUUCUCUGACAAUCAGGAUAUCCAAGGGACGGAAUGAAGCAUAGCAAAGUAGCAUC